GCCAUUGUUUACCCUUUGCCCUUUCUCUUUCUCGUUCUUUUCCUUCUUCCCCUGUUUAUCCUCUCAUAAUUAUUCCAGAGAGAACCUUCUAGAAAGAACAGAACACACCCUUCCCUGUUUCUCUCUCCCUCUUCGUUGAGCCUACAGGACAGCAGCACCUCUCUCCUUCGCUGUCUCCGAUUGAAGAUCCGGCUUCUCGAAGCUUUGUGAAAGGAGAAUCUGCUUGUUUUUUGGAAGGAUCUGAUUCCAUUUCUACAGUUACUAUCCUGUAAUUUUUCGAGGUUUAGGGUGUGAUUGUUUAAGAGCUAUGAGUCCCCCGCCGGUUGAACAGAUCGGCGAAUCAACAAACAGUGGAGACACUCUCAGAUCUCUGCCAACGCCUUUUCUCACAAAAACUUAUCAACUUGUGGAUGAUCCUGCCAUAGACGAUGUUAUUUCCUGGAACGAAGAUGGUUCCACUUUCAUUGUCUGGAGACCUGCCGAAUUUGCAAGAGAUCUGCUUCCGAAAUACUUUAAACACAAUAACUUCUCAAGUUUUGUUAGACAGCUCAAUACCUACGGAUUCAGAAAGAUUGUUCCUGAUCGUUGGGAAUUUGCAAACGAUUGCUUCCGCAAAGGGGAGAAAAAGCUUCUUUGCGACAUUCACCGGCGGAAGAUUUCACCGGGGGCAAUCGCGUCACCCGUGACAACAACAACAGCGGUCCCAACGGCUCGCCCAGGGUCUCCAACAAACUCUGGCGAAGAACAGGUUCUCUCCUCGAGUUCACCACCAGCCACGGUUACUGCUAUUUGUCGCACUACGAGCUGCAACACUACCGGUGAGCUUCUGGAUGAGAACGAGCGGUUGAGAAAAGAAAAUUUGCAUCUUUCGAAUGAACUAACGCAGAUGAAGAGUCUCUGCAACAACAUCCUCGUUUUGAUGACCAAGUAUGCCAACUCCCAACAAGAAAAUGGUGGUUUCCUUGCUGAAAAACCGCUUGAAUUGAUGCCGCCGAAGCGGCUUUCAGAGGAAUCUGAUGACACCGCCGGAGUGAGUCACAGCCGAGUAGUGAAGUCUGAGGAUGAGACGAGUCCACGACUGUUCGGUGUUUCCAUCGGCGUGAAACGGGUAAGAGAGUGUGACGAGGAGCAAGAUCAAGAGCAGCAACCGCAACAUCACCACCAAGAGCCUCCGCAGCAGGAAAAAAAGAACACCAACAGCAGCCGCAGGGGUCUGAGGUGAAAUCAGAACCAUUGGAUCAGAACUCUGAUCAUCAAGAACCUCCGUGGCUAAAAUACUGUUCUCGUCCUAAUGAGAGGGUUUGUAAUUGAUACGGUAGAUGAUCGCUACAGCCACGACUACUACUGAAUCAGAGAUAGGCUAAAUUAGAGAGAACAGAACAGAAUCGAAGGCCCGUAUAAGGAGAUGCACGUGCCAAAACAAGGGAUCACGUGUUUCGUCAACCUCUACCCGGGUUAAAUCAAGAAACUUCUCCAUUAUUCCUUUUAUAUUGUUUACCCUGAUCUUCAUUUUUAUUUUCCACUCUUUUCUCUGUAGAGGGGUAAUUCUGUUUCCGCGUUUGAAUUGAAAUUAAAAAAAAAAAAAAAAAAAAAAAAGGAAGAAUUUGAACGCUAGGAACUGAUCUGUAAAAGCUGGGUCGUCAAGGCAAAUUAUCCAUCAUCCUCCUUCCUCUUUUCAGUUUGAGUAAUAGAAGUUACUCUAUAUUUACUAGUAA